UAUUAAGACACCUUCAGAUAGCUAAAAAAGCACUCACUUGUUCUGGUGAGAGUUUGGCUUGCCACUCAGCUGAAUUUAUCUAAGUAUGAAAGCUAUAAGCUGUACAAUGGAUAUACACACAUUCUGAUACCAUAGUAUAUGAAGUACUCUUGAUAGUUCUUAUUAAAGGUAUUCUAGUUCUGUAAAUCCCCGUCGAUAGUGGAGUUGCAAAUCGACGUAACAUCACAACAGCGGUAGACGAACAUUCUAGGCAACACCUAUCAAACUUUUCAAUAAAGUAUAAGGAAUACAAUUGGCUUAUCUAUAGAAACUCAGUCGGCAAAGCGGGCUCCCAUCUCUGACGUAUUUCUGAAAUAACUGAUAUCUUUCAUUUUCGUACAUUCAACAAUGAGAAAUAUUCUACUUUUGAAUCCAAAUUCCUCAAAGGAAGUAACAGGGGGUUUGAGAAAUGUAGUCGCAAGCGCCAAUAACGAGGAAGCCACAAUAACGACGGAAUCAGCACCAGAAGGAGCACCUAAUAGUAUAAAUGAUACAGCCACCGGUGUACAAUCAGCUAUUGAAUGUUACAAAAGAGAUUACACUAAUUAUGACGGUGUUAUCGUCGCUUGUUUUAGUCAACAUCCACUUAUACCGAUGUUAAAAGAGAAGUAUAGAUUUAAGCAGAUUAUAGGCGUAUUGGAAGCUUCUAUUACAGCUGCUCUAUUGUCACCAGCGAAGAAAUUUGGCUUUGUUACUACAUCUACGCACUGGAUAGAUGAAUUUGAGAAUGCCGUGAGGGACACGAUCGGCGCGAGCUCAAGUGAACGUUAUGUGGGCACAACAUGUAGCGAUUUUGCAGUAGUUGAGUUACGCACGGCGAACGAGGAAUCUGUCAACGCCAAGUUGAUCCAGUGUGCUCAAGAAUUAGUAGACAGGGGAGCACGUACCAUCAUACUUGGGUGUGCGGGUAUGGCUGGAAAGUCUGCCCACAUCAAGCAACAACUUCAGGAAAAAACAAAUCAACGUGUGGAUGUUAUUGAUGGAAUUGGCGUUGCUGUCGAUCAAAUGAAAAUGUUAGUCAAGUUGCUGUAAAAUGGAUAAAUUACUAUAAUACACUAAACGUUGUGCCACUUUUA